UGGACUUGACCGAUCCGAGGUCCGAGUAGUAAUAAGAUCCAAAAUUUGGACUCGGACUAGACCCGUCGGAUCCAAUUUUUAAACCCAUAACCAGACCUGGUUCAGGUCUACCCUCAAGUCCGGGCCCAUUGCCACCCCUAGGGUUUGCAAACCAAUUAACCGUGCAUUCCAUGGUUGGUGUGGGAGUGGAACAGAGAUUAAUCCAUGUGAGUACGUGACCAUUGAAAAUCGAGGACUUGUGUAGCCAGUCCACGGAUGGGGAGAGAUAGCACUUUUAGAGAGAAGAAGGACACCUUCAUUUUGAGCGGUUAGGCCCAUCACUGUUCCCGCCAAAAAGCCUCCAUCAAAAUGUUGUGCUGCACUGUGAAACCCCCUUCAAUCCCCACUUUCUCUCACGACCAUUUUCUCUCUCCUCAAAGCUCGAACCCCAGUUUCUCUCACUACCAAGCUCUCUCUCUCCUCCAAAAAUGCUCAACCUCAAACCAUCUCCUCCAAAUCCAUGCCCACCUCUUCAGAACAGGCCUCCACCGAGAUUACAUCCUCAUAACAAAGCUCAUCAACCUGUGCUCAAUUCACCAAAAAAUAGAUCAUGCAACCUUGGUUUUCAACCAAAUAGAAAACCCAUUAACCUUUACAUGGAACACCAUGAUAAGGGCCUAUUUCAAAUCAAAUUAUCCAGAAGAAGCUAUUCUCAUGUACAAUCUGAUGGUUAUUCAUGGCUUUUUACCGGACAAAUUCACCUACCCAUUUGUUAUCAAGGCCUGCGUCGCCUUCUCUUCUCUUGAAAAGGGUAAAGAGAUUCAUGGCCGAGCCAUUAAAGCUGGUAUGGUUCCUGAUAUCUUCUUACAAAACACCCUAAUGGAGUUGUACAUGAAAUGCAAUGAGAAAACUUUGGCCCACAAAUUGUUUGAUAAAAUGUCUGUGAAAAGUGUAGUUUCAUGGACUACCAUGGUUGCUGGGCUGGUCUCUCAUGGUGAUAUGGCCUCUGCCCGCAGAGUGUUCGAUGAAAUGCCCGAGAGAAAUGUAGUUUCGUGGACCGCCAUGAUCCAUGGCUAUGUGCGUAAUAACCAGCCCCACGAAGCCUUAGAAUUAUUCAUCUUAAUGCUAAGAGCCAAUGUGAGACCAAAUGAGUUCACGAUUGUUAGCCUUCUCCUUGUCUGUACGAGCCUUAAUAGCUUGAGAUUGGGGAGGUGGGUUCAUGAGUUUAUGGCAAAGAGUGGGUUCGAGUUAUCGGUUUAUUUAGGCACAGCUCUUAUAGAUAUGUAUAGCAAUUGUGGCAGCAUUAAUGAUGCGAAAAAUGUGUUUGAUGGGAUGAGCGAGAGAAGCGUCGCAACAUGGAACUCGAUGAUCACCAGCUUGGGGGUUCAUGGAAAGGGCAAAGAGGCGCUCAAUGUUUUUGGAGCGAUGGAGAAAGGGAAAGUGAGGCCUGAUGACAUUACAUUUGUGGGUGUGUUGUGUGCUUGUGUUAACAUGGGGCUGGUAGAAGAAGGUGGUGUAUACUUUGAUUCUAUGUACAGUGUGUAUGGAAUUGUGCCCACUUUGGAGCACUGUAGGUGUAUGGUUGAGCUUGUGGAGCUUGGGAGGAACAAUGAUGGGGUUUUAGUGGAGAAAGGGAUCAUCUCAACCUUAUGCUAAAGAGGACGGUGGGGAUUGGCCAGUACUAUACACACCAUAGACAAUUAUACAUUGUGUAUAGCAAUGUUACCUGGGCAUGGACACGGCUGUUUGAGUCCGGUGCAUGUCUUUAAGUGUUAGAUGUGCUGGACUCAAACCAAGAUAUAGGAAGACACGCUUAUACGACGAAUAUUUGAUUAUAAAGCAAUAGAUUUCUAAUGUGCAUAUAAUUAGAAAUUAUAUUCGUUCCAUUUAUAUGUGGUUGGUGAAGUGAUAUACCAGAUAUACAUCACAAAAUGCAACAUGAACACCGAGGAAUGAGUGUGGUGGUGCAACAUGAACACUUGGUUGAAGUUGUGGAGCAAGGAUUUUGGGACUUGAAUGCUUUUAGAGGGAAAGGUGGGCAAGGGGAGGAGGGUAGAAGUUGUGGAGCAUGGAUUUGGGGACUUCAAUGCUUUCAGUGUUGAAAAACUUGAGGGCAGAGAUGGACCCAUUUUUAGGAUUAGGGGCAGUGUCGUGAGACUAUCGAUCGUAAAGAUCAGGCUUUUAUCUGAAUUGUGAGAACUCUGUAAAUUUUUUUGUAACUCUCCAUGGCCAUGAAACCCUUCUUAAAGAGCGAUGGAGGGAUGGAGGGGGCGUUCUUCAACAUUCAGCUCCCUCCUGAAUCUCUGAAGAAACGUGACCUUGUAAUCCUAUAAUCUUGGAAAGUGGGUGGUCACUUUCUAGCCGUUAAAUAACGGUACUUUCUCUA